AUGGCCACAUACGACAACAAAAUUUGGCUGUUGAAAAACAUUAGAGAUGCCUUCAUAGCUACUGACGACACAGGCCUAUGUGAAAUUGUUAUGGCAGGUGAAGAUUUUUCUAAGAUCUUCCAGAUUAAGGGUUUAGAAGAAAAAAAAAGAAUAAAAGAAGCUCGAGCGCUUCAGCCUGGAACUAGUAAAAUAAGGGAAGGUGGAGACUCUUGUGAAGAUUUCGAAAGAGAAAUUAUCACUCAAUUUGAACCAUAUCCUGAUAUUGAUGAAAGUGAAGAUGAAGAUCCCUUAGGUAGUAGCUAUGUUCGAUAUGAAGAGUUUGGAGGUUACAGGCAGAGAUCAAACACAUCACAAUGGUUAGACAAAAAGGAGCAGGCAUUAAAAAAGGCAGCCAAAAUUAAAGUAAUUAAGUGGGAAGAUUCAUCACCACUGAGCAAGGAGCAAUGUAUGGAGUUAUUCCCUACAGUCGAAGUUAAACCUCCAGAAAAACAAAAGUCAUUAUUGGCUCAGCAGCUAGAGAACUGCCCAGAUUUACCUCAUCGUCAGUAUCUGGAGUAUGGAAAGUUUGAUGGCACAGCACAACUAGGAUUACAAACGAAAUGCUUUAAGAUCUUUAUGACGAUGCUCUCAGAAAAACAUCAAAAUUAUCCAUUAGUUGUGUGUGUGAUUGCUAGUGCCAAGAUCAAAGAUUUGAUUGGUUUUACAUGCUAUAAAUACAGCAUUGAACAUCCUGAAAUUAGUCUUGGCUCUGUGCAUGAAUAUGGACUUUGUAUAGCGGAAGAUGAUGGAGAAGUUGACUGGGCGUUCCCAUGCCUCGAUGCCAACGAACCAUGCUCAAAGUUUGGGUUCACAUGUUUAGGACUUAUUGAGUUAAAAAACAAGAAAUCAUUUAACAGUCCUCCAAUUCCAAUGCCCGAUGACGGUCAUGUGUUUCAUUUAUUUCCCAAGAUGACAGACUCUGGACAAAGUCACAAUAAUCCAUCUAGACACAAUACAGGUGGAAGUCAAACUUCAGAAGCUGUUAUAAGUGCAUUAAGGGCUGUUAAUGAAGAGAAAAAAAGCAGUGAAGAUGCAAACCUAGAAAAGAUUCAGUGUCAUAUAAUGGCCACAGAAGCACCACAGUAUAAAUCAUAUAAAGUGCAAUUAUUAAGGAAAGUACGAACUAAUACUUCUGUACAACUUGGCAUCUCAUUAGAUAGAAUAGAAAUUGAACCUUUAGUUACUCAUAAACAUGUAUUUUGGUCAAAUUCUAGGUCAAAAUAUUUUUUACACAGCAUAGAGUCUGUAGCUUGGUGUCAAAUCCUUGAAACGCGAGGAUACAGGACUACAUUCAGAAUAGUUUACUCGCCAAGUCAGAAAAAUAAUUCAGUCUCAGAUAAAAACGCAUCAGAACAUGCAGGAUACUCUCAUUUGCACACAACCUACAAAUAUCAUGAUUUUGAAAGUGAUCACGAAACAGCUAAGGAAAUUGUUGAGAAAGUCAAUACAAUAUUAGAUUUACUAAACAGUUCUUGUAGACGUGAGUACAAAAUAUCUAAAGAAAAGAAAUCGCAAACUCGAAGAAGCUUCCACACUAAACAUCUUAGCUGAAAUACUAUGGAACUAAAAUUUGUGCUGUAUGUAUGUUAGUAUUGCGAUUAAGAAAAAGUAUUUUAAUGCGUUCAAUAUCUAGUCCAUUAUGCGAGAAUUACAUUGUAAAAUAACGAUCGAAUAAUACAUUUACAAUUUAUUGUAAAAUAAUACGCAAUCGAAAUAUCGAUAUACCUAACCGAAUUAAUUCAAACAAGUUGUCCUGACUUUCUGUAAUUUUUUGCCUUAAAAAAACAUUCACUGCCAUAGAAGCUAAACUAAUGAUUUUAUUUUAGUACUAUUAAAAAAUUGUCAUCGUUAUCUAUGGUAAUUGCAAAAGAUGGCUUAAAAGUUUUUUUUCUUAAUAUAUUAAGAAAUGUUAUCCAUAUUAGUGUUCAUGUUUACAAACUACAUGUUUGGUUUUAUAAUUGAGUACCUACUAAUUUGUAAUAAUUUGACUCUUUAACUUGAUAUUUGAUUGAUAUGCAGAGCAAUUGGCAGUGAUAUUUCUAUGGCUACGUUAUGUUUUAUGGCUACAUAUGAAAAAAUCGAUUAACGAAACUUGUUGAAUUAAAUCUUUCUUACGUAUCAAAGAUUAUAAAUAUAUUACAAAAUAUAGUUAGUAUUUUAUUUGGCAAUUACCAUAGAUUUAUUUAUUGUAUGAGAUUGAAUGUAAA